AUGGCAAGGCCGGCGCGGCUGCGGCACGCCUUCGUGGCAGCCCUCCUUGCCCUCCUAGCCGCGCAAGCGGCCUCUCAGACGAUCACGAGCCUCAGCGACUCGCAGACGGUGCGCCUGGCGUGCGAGGAAGGCGGAACCUCGACGGAGAUCACCAGCACAGUGACUGGCGCCGGAGACGUGAACAGCACGACGACUGUGAAGACAUCCACGUCGGUGGGCGGCGUCACCACCAGCAGCUCAUCCACGACGCUCACGUCGGUGGGCGGCAGCGUCACGGCGGUAGUGGGUGGCGUGCCGUUCGACGUGCAGGGAACGGACACCAACAUUGAUCUGUGCGUGGUGUCGGGCGGUCUCGACAACCGGGACGCGCUGCGGCCGGAGGGCGACUGGGAUCCCGUUGUGGAGGCGGCUGUGAACAUGAAGGGCCAAGACAUAUGGAACAUCCUGGAGGACUAUGGGCAAGUUCUGGCCCGUGGCUUUGGGAACCUCGCCCUCACCAUCCGCCCACUCGACGGAGAGAGUGAGUUCAUAGUCGACCUCAACACCGGGGAAAUGGUCCAAUUUGAGGUUGUAGAAACCAACAAGGAGGAGUUCUAUCAUAUUGCUGUGGUGACCUUCCAUACGCCAGGCGUUUUUGAGGGCUUCAGCAUCGUGGGCUCCCGGAUCCUGUUCUGGAUCGCGCCGGCAGAUGGUGGCAACGCUGAGCAGUCUGUCUUGGAGUUUGCCUUUGAGGGGAAGAUCGACCCAGAGGACCUGUCGGGUGCCGCCAGCAUAUUGAUCGAGUCCCUAUUCCAGGAGAUGCUCUCCAACCUGGAAUCAUUCUUUGGGGAAGACUGCACACUGCUGCAGUUCUCCCGAACACUGGAGGGCGACUGCAACAACCUGAAGUACCCAAGGCGGGGCGCCUCAGGCGAAACCCUACUUAGGCUCGCAAAGAAUGACCCCAGUUUUGGAGACGGGGUGUCAUCGCCUGGUGGAAACAAGGAGAUCAGCCCCCGUGCGGUCAGCAAUGGAAUCUUUGCUGAGAGUCUUGGGCUUGAAUAUCUGAAGGAUGCUGCCACUGGCAUGGAUGGCCAGUGCUUCACCACCUCCGCUGUUGGCCCCACCAGUUGGGAAGCAUGCCUCUUUAGCACAGCCACCGCAAGCCGGUCUUCAAACUUGGACACUGCCAAAUUGGAGUGGGAGGCCCUGGAGGAGCUGAGUUCAGGCACCGUGAGGUUUAAGUGGUCAAGUGGAUCUGACUGCGAGCUCCUGGUGGAGUUCCGCUGUGCCGGUGAAGAUGCCAUGGUUGUCAGUGACCCCUCAGAGGGGUUCGAGUUCAUCGGUCCUCAGUGUGGCAGGAUCCAUGGCUGGGUGAGGGGAGGCCCAGGUGACGAUGGUGUUGCCACAAACCCUGUUGGCUACACUGACCUGUUCUGGACCACUGGCCAAUUCCUGGACCACGACUUGGACCUCACUCCAGAGAGCCAGAUUGCCGAAGACAAGCAGCCAGGAUUCACCGACACACGGGCAGUUGAGGAAUUCCCCAUCUUUGUGCCUGAGGGUGACUUCUACUUCGGAGGAACGGAGGAGCUCGAGUUCAAGCGCUCAGUGCAGAUCCCCGAUGAGGGCAACCCUGUGAAGUUCGUCAACAAGCAUUCUGCUUACAUCGACCUGGGAAUGGUGUACGGCCAGGACUUCGCUCGCGCCAACGCUCUGAGGACGCACAAGGACGGCCUCCUCAAGCUGCACGGUGCUGGCUUCUUGCCCAAGAACAAGCUCAGCGGUCCCGAUGCUUUGGGCGCUAAGCUCAGCAACGCACCCGACGCAGAUGACAGAUUUUUCGUGGCAGGGGACAUCCGUGCUAAUGAGCAGGUCAUCCUGCUUUCGAUGCACACACUGUGGGCACGGGAGCAUAACCAGGUGGCCACGGAGCUGAAGGCCAUCUUCCCUGACUUCGGCGACAAGCAGUUGUUCGAGACGGCCCGAGCGAUUGUCAUCUCGUGCUGGCAGAGCAUUGUGUACACCGAGUACCUGCCCCUCCUGAUCGGCAGCGCCGCUGCGCCCGGUGACUACAAGUACGAUGAGGAAAUCGACCCGGGCGUCACGGCCUUCUUCUCGACGGUGGCCUACCGGUACGGCCACUCCAUGGUGCCAUCCCAGUUGUGGCGCGUGCCCGCUGGUGGCUCGACCGUCCUGGUGCCGCUUCGCGACGCCUUCUUUAACCCCGAACUGGUAGAGACAUACGACAUCGGCCCGUGGCUGAGAGGCGCGGCACUGCUGUCGGCUGACUGGUACGGCUCU